AUGUUCUUGGCACUAGGAGUUGAUCAUGAGGAUUCACAGAAAGGAGCCAACAUGAUGUGUCACUUUAUCCCUGCACUGUACAAAAAGGAUGUUCAAGCACAUCAGAUGCUUGUUCUACAACUUGAGAAUUUGCGGAGCAUUCUGUUUGCAAUCGUGGCGAAGUUCGUGGCGCAGGAUGUUGCGCCCUUUGGCCCUUGUGAGACCCAAGCUUCAAGAUCCAUCCGUUGGAUGGCUGAAGACGCAGAGAUCCAAAGCGUGAUGUGGGUGACGCCUUUUGCUGGCGAAGAUGUCGGAAGCAUAAAUCCCCGAAAGUGCCGAACAUCCCGCAGGAUGGGGAUGGGAAGUACUGCCGCAACGCCCCCAGCAUGCAGCGCAAGAUGGGGUGAUUCAUGA